CCCCAGGUGGGCGGAGCGUCGGACGCGUCGAGAAAAUGUCAACAACAUGCCGGAGACUUCCAGAGAAACAGAAACUGAAGGAGGAAUGAGUGACAGACAACACAGAGAUGGAGGAAAGCAGUCGUCUCACAACAUCGUGUCUUUAGUAGCUCAGUUCGCAGAUGAUAAUUUAACACUUGUGCGGAACAUAAGCACCGGACUGGCAAUUGCUGGUGUUGUUGUAAUAGCAAGGAGUAUCAAACUGCUCACCAAAUUUCAAGCUGCCUCCGAGAUCCCUGCUCGUUUCAUCGAGAGGAACGUCAGCCUUCGUGGGAAAGUUCAUUCAGUCACAGAGAGAGGAGUUGAAGUGGAACAUGUCCCGAUUCAUGUGCCUGUCCUCUCUCCGCUACUUUCAAAACACAAAGGUGUGCGUACAUCCACGAUGGUGGUGCAUCUUGCAGGAGUGGAGCUGACUCCAGAGGGCAGGGUAUGGCUGCAGAAGAACCUGGCUCCUGCGCAAACAGUCUGGCUAAAACUUAUAAGCCGAGAGGACGACACACUACACUGUUUGGUGUCUCAAAGCACGCAGGGCUCAGUGUGGAGCUACUGUAUGAACGAAGAGGUUCUCAGGCUCGGUCUGGCUCGGACUGCGCCCGUCGUCGGAGUCCUGCCUGACUCUCGCCUCUACUGGCGUCUCCAAAAACGGCUGCACAGGGCAGAGGUCAAAGCUGAGAGGAAGGGGCGGGGAUUGUGGAAGGAGGACAGCCUAUGGGACAGGGCCUCCAAGGCUGUCUGGGAGAGCGUUUUAUUCAGACUGAUGAUGAGGAUCUUUAAGAGGACGUGAUGCACCAAGUGACUAAUUGUUCCAAGACAUACAUGUUUCUGAGCUCUGAAAUAAUCAUAAUGUGACAACACACUCUGUUUUAUUUACACUGCUCACCUGCUAUUGCCUACUGAUAUAUUGUCACAUAUAAAGGGAGUUUAAAAGUCUCACUACAGGCGUAAAAUUGCCAUAAGUUGUCAAUGUUAUGAAAACAGUUAAUGUUAUAAAGAACCUUUUUACUUUACUUUCCUCAGUACACCUGUUGCCGUGGUUUAUGCUUUAUUUUUACUCGAUUUCACAGUCUUUAGAAGUUUUAAAUGAUUAAAAGGUUGUUAAAACCUC